AUGACAGACAAACUUCAAGGGGCCGACCUUUUCACUAUGAGCGAACUGAAGGCCAUAGCAGAAACCUCCGAACAGCAGAUAAGUUCACCAUUGACAGAAGGACCGAUCGCGGUCGAAACAACAGAUCGCUGCAGGAGAAAGAAACGUCAGGAUUUUAAGAUUAAACGUAUUCUAGUGGAUCCAGGAAGUUCAGCUAAUAUCAAACAAUGGAGAGUACUGGAGCAAACCAAACUCAUCGAAAGCAUUAUUCCGGCAACAAAUCUCCUCGCUGGAUUCAACCUCGCAAGUGCGACAACCCGGGGAGAGAUUUUGUUGCUCACAAACGCUCAAGAAGAAAUGAAGACAACUCUCUUCGAAGUUGUAGACGGAGACAUGGGGUACAAUAUUAUCCUGGGAAGGCCAUGGUUACACGAGAUGAGAGUCGUGCCUUCAACUUAUCACCCAUAUUUGAAAUUUUCGACACCUGAGGGGAUCAAACAGAUAAGGGGUGAUCAACCAACAAGAAGGGAGAUGAAUGCAAUCUCCGUCUCCAGUAGCAAAGGAAAGGAGCGCGUGGCAUAG